UAUUGGUAACAACACACUGAUCAAUGACAGAUAUUUAUGUUGUAUAAUUGUUUAUGCAUUGGUUUAUAUUCGUGACAGUUUCUUUGAUGUUGUUCCCAAUGAAUUUGUAAUACACACAUCCCGACGAUAACUUUAUCCAAUCAAAUUAAAGAAUUUUAUUUACCGCUGUCUAGAAUCAAUUUGCUAUAUUUAGCAAAAAGAAGAAGAUAUGCUAUGAAAAAGUGAAAUUGGCUUCAAUAUAGAUGAAUUACAUGAAAAGAGGAUGUUCAGUUGUAAGUUCUUCCCCAUGAAAGAGAAAUUACAAGAGGGCAAAAGAUAGUAUGGGCUAGGUAAAUUUUUGUUGUUAGACUUAAAUCAGGAUGAGGACUUACAAGGAACCAAAGAGGAUUGACAAAGCUAGGUCAAGAGAGCCUGGACUAGUUACUCUUGAUGAACGCAUUUCCAAAAUGUCAGCUUUGUCAGUACAAGUGGAAGAAGAAACUAUGGAGAACUCUUCUGACAAGGAGGAAGAAAUGAUCGAGGAUAAUGACUCUGGAGUUCAGGAAAAUCAUAUUGAUGAUGAAGAACUUGAAUUGGACAAUGAAAAAAUGGAGGAAAAUAAAAAUGAUAAAGAUGAGAAUCAUGAAAAAAUGGAAGAUGAUAACGUAGAAAUUAGUGUAAAGAAAAAGACUCCACCUAAAAAAACAAAGAAAGUUGUAGAGAAUAAUGUAAAUCACAAUGAAGACAUUAAUGAUAUUAAAAAAUGUGAACCAGAAGGGGAAAAAAGAAAACAAGAACCAUCAUCAAAGACAAAGAAAACAACCAAUGUAAAAGAUGCAAAAAAGAGGAAAAUGUCAGACAAGAAAAACGAUAAGAGUCAAGGUAGUAAAGAUGUCCAUAAUAAUUGUGUUGUUGAUUUGGGAAGUAAAGAAAAGAUUUCUCCAAAAUCUAAAAGUAGAUCAAGAUCAACUAAAUCAAAACAAAAAUCCAAUACGACAGAUGACACUGAUGCUGAUGAAUUACAUAAAGAAGAAUCAGAAAAAUCUAGUAGUUUUAACACGUCUGACAGUCUCAAUGUUUCUCCUCGCUCCUCUAAACGCACUCCUGUUAAAAAUCGUAAAUAUCAAAGUGAUGAAGAACAUGACCCAUCAAAGGAAGAAGGAGAUAGUUCUGGCAAGAAAAAAAGAUCUCGUUCAAAAUCCCCACGUUGUUCUACCCCAAAGAAGCGCAAACUCAACUUUGAUGAAAAUGAAUUCAUGAAUAUUAAAGAUGAUGAUUUUGUAAUUGAAAAGAAUGACAAAGAUAUUGAACAUGUAGAAUCUGUCACAAAUGAAUCAAAUGAUAAUAAUAAAAGUAAAAAGGUUGUGAAAUCUCGUAAGAAUAAGUCUUUGAUUAAAGAAGAUAUCAUUUUAAAACCAAAAGCGAUCAAGAAGAAAGCUAAGCUUUCACACAGUGAAAUAAAACCCUCAUCUCAGAGUGAAAUAAAACCAUCAAUAGAUGAUACGAGUGAUAAAAAUGAAAGUGUUGAGAAGGUGAAGGAUGAAUCUUUGACAAUGGAGGAGUCUAGUGAAUUGAAAGAAAAUGCUGUUGUGAAAGUCAAAAAGAAGAAAAUAAGAAAGAAAAAACCAGUUGAAAACCAAGAAAAAAAUGAUAGUGCUGAAAUUAAAUCUGAUAAGAUAGAAGUUAAAUCUGAAAGUGCAGAUACUGUGAAAGAUAACAAUAAAGAUGAUACAAAAACUGAAAAUGAAAAUGAUAUUGAAAAUAACAGUGAAAAACCUAAUAGUAAUAAUCAAGGUGAUAAUGAAGGAAAAAGUGAAAAACCAAUAGACACUGAGAAAGGAGAGAAAAAAGAAAAAAGGAAAAUGAAACCAUUAGAAGAGAUUGUCUGCACUUAUUGUAAGAAAGUAUCAGUUGGAAAGGCAGCUAAUACAAGACAUUUGAAAAAAUGCUUUGUUUAUCAAGCAAAAUUGGUAAUGGACGGACAAGAUGAGAAUACAGAAUUGGAAACAACUGAUGAAACAAAGAAGGAUGAAGAAUCUCAUGUUGAAUGUAAAGAUGAAGACAAAACAUGUGUAUAUUCUGAAACAAUAAAUGAGAGCAACAUAGAAUGUGAUGAUGUAUCGAAGGAAAAUUUAAACCAAAGUGAAAAUCAAAGUGAAGAUAAAGAAAAUCUUAAUGAUAGUGUUAGUUCAGAAAAUAAAUCUAUUGAAAACCAAAGUUCUUCAAAAAAGAGAUCAAAAACAGACAGUGUGUACAAUUGUCAACAUUGUGACUAUACUGCACACAAAAGAGCAAUGUUGGCAAAGCAUCUUCAUUCUCACAAUAUUUUCAUGUGCUUACGAUGUAGUUUUUUCUGUGAGUCUGAUGAUGAGUUAAAAGACCAUAUGCACCGUGAACACAAGGAACGUAUGGAUCACAAACUAUGUCGAAAGUGUAGUAGAUAUGUACACUGUGCUGAAAUAACACUAGAACAACAUAUGGAAAGUUGUCAGGGUCCUGUUCCAUUUAAGUGUCCUCAUUGUGAAAAGGAGUUCAAGUAUGAAUCAUCUUUGAAAUCUCAUAUCCUAAAACACGAUCCUGAUGGUCCGAAAAAGUUUUCUUGUCCACAGUGUUCGUACAAAUCUAACUACAAAGCAAACUUAAAGAAACAUCUUGUAAACAUUCAUAGUUCAAGAAUAAAGCAAUUCAAAUGUACUUACGAGGAUUGUGAGAAAAUGUUUCACUCAGAAGAUAAUAUGAGGAGGCAUUUAAAAUGGCAUAGUAUUGACAAACCUUUCAAGUGUAAACAGUGCCAUAAGGAAUUUCGGACUUCAGGUGCAUUAUCCGGUCAUUGUGUAGUUCAUAAAACAGGAACACCUUUCAAAUGUACUGUUGAGGAUUGUGAAAAAUCAUUUCGGUCACAUAAACUACUCAAAAAUCAUUUGCAAGAUUUCCAUCAUCAAGCAGAAAAGAAAUUUAUUUGUGCUCAUUCUGGAUGUGAUUUUUCAUUUUUCAAAAGAAGUCAUCUAGAUCGUCAUUUAGUAACACAUUCAGGAGAGCGAAAGUAUGGUUGUUCAUAUUGUGGUAAAGCAUUUAGACAUGCAGACAAUCUGAGAGUCCAUCUUCGGCAGCACACAAAUGAAAAACCAGUGUCCUGUAAUAUGUGUGAUUUCAAAUGUCGACAGAAAAGUUCUCUCCGUUAUCACUUGCAAAAAAUUCAUAACAUUGUUUUCAAAAAGAGGGAAAAGCGAAAGGAAAAAUCUGCUUCUGGUGAUGGAGUUAUAAAAUCAGAGAAUGACAUCACUGUUAAUUCAUUAGACUCAAGCUUAGACUUAAUAACUGCAAUCGUGAAUGCAGUAGCAAAAAGUGAGGAUAUUGAAACUCCAAACGAUACAGUAAAUGAUAAAUCAAACAGUGCUAAGACUUCUACUGGGAAUAAAAUUAAAGACGAUGCAAAGCCUGAUUCUCCUGUCGCAAAUAAAGUGGUUGAUCUCUAUGAAUUUAAAUCUGACGAUGAAUUUGGUGAUGAAUCUGUAAUGGUUCCUUUACCAUUACCUGUUCAGAGACCUAUUAAUCAUUUAAAUAAAUCAAAUGAGAAAGUAGAUAAUAAAGUGAAAGUAGACAAAAAAGUAAAAGUAGAAGCUAAAAUUGAAAAUGAAGAUGAGCCAACUGAUACAGAAUAUCCUGACAAUAAAGACAGUAUUGAAAAAAUAGUAACUCCCAAACCAAAAGUUGUCAGGCGAGGGAAAAAGAAGAAAAUAAAUUAUGCAGAACCUGAAACUGAUCUUAGCUUUGAAACUGUGGAUGCAAAGGACAUGAAGGAGGAAAAUGUAAAAAAGGAAGAAAAAGAGGAAAAUGUUGUGAAAAGAAAGAGGGGACCAAAAAAAUCAAAAUUGAAAGUUGAAAAAGCUGUGGAGGAGAAAAAGGAAGAAGAUGAUGAAAAAAGUGAAGUCACACCAAAAGGAAGGCGAGGUCGUAAAAAAGUUGAAAAGAUUCCAAAGAAAAGAGGGAGGAAACCUAAAAGUGUAACAUUGGAAGAAAAAAGUAAAAAACCUGUAGUAAAAUCACCCAUUAACAAAAUUAAGAAGAAAGCAGGAAGACCUAGAAAAGUAAGACCACCUUCUGAGUCUGAAGAAGAAGACAAGAAAAAGGAUGAAACGAAAGAUGACGAAAGUAAUCAUGAUGAAAAUGAUUCUGAAAAAGAGGAAGAUGAAACUAUUCCAAGGGAGAAUGAAGAAGAUGAUGACACUGUUGAUGUUCCUCUAUUAAGUACGCCAAAUCCCGACGAAGAUGAUGAUGAUACUAGAGAAUAUAUAGGAGAUGAAAACUUAAAGGAAAAUGCACAUCUUGUUUCAAAUUUGGAGAACAAGCAAUCAGAAAAGGAGGACAAGGAUGAGGAGGAAGAAAUAGAAACAAAGAGUGAAGUUAAGACUGAAGUUAAGAUUGAGGCAAAGGUUGAUGAAAAGAUUGAGGCAAAAAUUGAACCAAAAACUGAAGAAAAAACUGAGGAAAAGAAAGAACCUCAAAUUGAAAAUGAAAGUGUUGUUGUUGAAAAGCAAGGUGAACAAGAAUCAGACAAAAUGAGUAGUGGUAUUGACACAGAUUUUGAAGAUGAUAUAAAACCUCCUCCUGCUCCUAGACCUCCACCUGUUGUUGACAGUGAUGAGGGAGAUAUUGAAUCAGGACCAGAUGAGAUGGACACACCUGGUCGGGACUUUGAGUCAACUCCACCCAAAUCAAAUAUUACAGAACAUAUUCAUAGUGUCCCUGCACAUACACCAAGGGACUUUGAGUCCUCUCCUCCUAAAUCUGUCCAAACAAUAGAUUAUGGGCCAAGUACUCUUAGCCAAACAGGAUUUGAAAAUAGGAGAGAAGGAGAUUCUGUUGAAGCACUAUCUGGAAGCUAUACAGCCACACCAUCUAGAGAAGUUUCAGUAGAAGAAAAGCGAGAUGAAAGGGAAGCCAGUCUUCCAUAUUCUAAUUUGGAAUCUGAAAAUUUGCCUAAUACUCAAUCUCCUAUCAUGGAACCAAUACCACCUGAACCACAAUCAAAUGCCAAUCCUGAUUAUGGCUCUCAAUCGGAAUCAACUAUGCCAGAAGUUGACAAAGAAUAUCUAGGACAAUACCUUCAACAGUUUGAUUCGGCUAGCCGUUCAGAGGAUGAUCGAAUUGAAAGGAUUAAUUCUCAAAAUGAGCAAACAUCAGAACCAAUUGAGAUUCCAAGUUCACCUCAGAAAGACUUGCCACCUUUGAAUCUCAGUGCAAAUGCACCACCUUUGAACCUUAGUACAAAUAGUAAUGACAGAGAAAAUAGUCAGGGUAGCGACAUGUCAAAUAAGAGAAUGGAAAUAUUGUCCAUUGACCGUCAAACUGAGGAUCAUUACAGUAGUAGAAGUGAAAAUGUGUCAAGAUCAUCUGAUAGAAUACCUGACAAUGUUUAUGAAAGUAUCAGCUCUAUGAACACAUUUAUGCCUCCAACUACGAGAGAAGCACCAAUUAUUCAUUCAGCAGAAAGUCCAUUCCCUUCAGUAUCAACUCCUUCAACUUUCAUGCGAUUUUCUGAAAAUGAUGCAAUUUUACAGAGGCAAAGAAUGAGUACUCCUUUUCUGUCACAGGGUGACCCGAAUGCAUUACAAAAUUUGCAUAGAAUGGCAGACAAUGCCUUAGCUCAACAUAAUAAUGCAUCAUUACUUCGACGACCAACAACUGUGCCACCUCGUGAAGAUAUGUUUAGUAGUUCCACUGCUGCUAUGGCAACUAUGGCUAGAAAUCCCUUUCACAACACUUGGGCUAGUCAGGAGGUUAGACCAGCUCAUUGGAGUCAAAGUCCAUAUUUAGGACGCACAAUUGAUAGGCCAACAGCAGCUCCUACAGCUUCAAUAUUUGGAAAGGACAACUAUCUUCCUGGACGUGAAUUUAUGUUUGAGCAGUCUCGACGUGCAGUGGCAGAUAGAAAUGUCUUUCCUGGUCUUCCACAAGCACAGAGGCCAGAACUUGCACAUGACACUUUCCCAAUGGACAGAUUUGACAUUGGUAGUUACUUUAGUGGGCAUACAUAUCCUGGGGCUUCAACUCUCACUGAGUAUAACCGAGCUGCUGCUGCACAUACAUCUCAAAAAACAUUUGAUGAACGAUACCGUCAAUCAUCUACAGGCAUCACAGACUUCAGGGCACUACCUCAGACAACUGCAUCUAGUAUGUUUAGUAGUAACAUGUUGAACUCAUCGUUUCAUCUUGAUAAAUACAUGUACUCAAGGGACCCUGUGUAUCAUGCUCAGCAUAUUCCUGAUGCUACAAAUAGUCCAUUCUUACCACCAGGUGUGCCGGGACAACAUUCUGUGUUUGACCGAGAAUACACAAGGGGUUAUUUUCAGAACAGUCCAUAUAGUUUAGAUAAACAAUAUGCUGCGGCAGCGGCUGCCUCAGCUAAAUUAACACAUCCAUCAGGUGCAAGUGUGGUUCAGGAACGAGACUUUGUGCCACGUCCAGGCACAGCUGCUGCCACAGGUGAAAAUCAGGAAGCUUACAGACACCCAAUGUUAUAUAAUAUGAUGAAUCAUAGAUUUUAUGAAUGAAAAUUUGUCUGUAGCAUGUAUAUUAAGAGACUGCAUUUAUUUAUUUUUUGUUACAAUUUAUGUUGCAGAAGCAAUUCUUGAAUAAGUAUCAUUAUUAAUAGUAUUUGAAAUAUCAGUAUGAUCAGUCAUAUAUUUAUGUAGAUCAUGUGAACAGUCAUAUAUUUAUGUAGAUCAUGUGAUCAGUCAUAUAUUUAUGUAGAUCAUGUGCUACCAAAAGCUGGUAUCCCACUUUUUCAUAAAAAUCUAAGGAUUUUCCCUGUUCAUGUAAUUUUUUAAAGAAAAUUUUAAAAAAAUUUAGCUCAUUUGUCUUGACAUUUAAAUUUUUAUUGGAUAUAAUGCAAUCUUUUUUUAUAUUUCCUAAAUACUGGAUGUUCUUUUUAACCCUCCUAUUUAGAUACUUUAUUAUUUUAAGUUUGUGCUUUAAAAUGAAAUUUAAAAAUAUAUGAAUAGAUAUAUCUAAUAUGAUGGUUUUGUCUACUGUUGUUUAUAUAUUGUUAAUGAAAUGAAUUUAAAGAGCUGACAAUAACUAUUAAGUAUAUAUUUUUAUCAAGCUUCAUUUUGAAAAAUUUCUUAAUGAUAAAAAAAUUAUUUAAAUGUUAGUAUUUUUAAGAUGUGGUGCUUCUUUGGUUAGUUAGUUUAUUGUCAAGCAACUGUUUAUUAAACAAAAGUUGAAAUAUUGCCAAAAUUAUUUACUUGGUUAUUUUAUUUUUUGUUUGUUAAUUUGUUAAACAAAAGAAGGGAUAUAAUGUUUAUCAUCUAAUUUGAUUUUUUUUGUGAAGGAAUAAAAGUUAGGAUAUUUUGUUAAUACUGACUUACAAUAAAACCCAAUCUGACUGACCUAAUGGCCUUAUAAUUUAUAGUAUGGAAACCCAAUCCACUAAUUUCCUUUUUAAGGAAAGAGUAUGAAAAUUAAAAAAUGUUUGUAUACCCUCCUUUUUGUGUCUUCCCAAUUUUUAGUGAUAAAAACCAGUAUUUUUUUUAAUUUUUAAUUUAAUAUUGAUAUGUGAACUAUAGCCUAUAGUAUAAGCAUAUGAACUUUUUGUUGUUACAUUUUCUGUAUCUGCAAUUACAUCACUUUUUUAUGGAGAUUUAUUUGAAAUUAUAAAAAAAAACACCCAGAUAUUUUUAUCUCUAGAAGUCAGUACCUAAUCAGACAAGUUUUCAAUAGUUUUUGUUAAGGAAAAUGCUGUAUCAACAUAACCAGAGAUAUUUAUAGCAAAACACUUACUAAAUUUUAGCUAAGUGUGUUGACUUCUGGACACAGGUUUAGUUUGAUUUUUGCUUUUUCAUUCCUGUUACAUGUAUUGAUAUAUAGCCAACUGUCAUGAUUGUCGUCUAUUUCUUUAUGAUUAGGGGUAGGAUGCAUGUUUAUUGUUACAUUGAACAAAAGUUUUCAAAAAAUUAACAAACUGGUUGUUAGAUAUACCCACUUGUUUAUUAAAGCAUUGAUUGUUAUUUUUUGUUCAAGUUUUAUUUUUAUAUGAUUUUUACAAAAGUCAAUAUUCUAAUUAUUUAUAUAAAUGUUUAACUAUUGCAUAUUUUAAUUUGAAAAUUAACAAAAUAUGCUGGACUUCAUUUGUAGGGCAUGAAUAGUAAAAUUGAGUAAACAGGUCUUUUGAAAAACAUUUGAAAACUGUUGAAGCACUUUUAUUAGGAUAAAGAGUCAGUGUCAAGUUAAGUAAUCACUUGGUAUCUUUCCUUCAUCUUUAUUUCACAUUUUUUUUUCUUUGCUUCCACCUAAGAAAAGCCACAUGUAAUAAUCGCACUUUAGAUUUCUUCAUAAUAAGGAUGACUUUUUAAAUUUUCUAAGUUAUAAUUGGAGUACCCUCCAAAUAGCAGUUUAUGAUGAUAUGAAGACCCUUUUCCUAUAAGACUAAGUAAAGAGUGCAUAUAUUAUUCAGAGAUUUUAUGAUAUAAUUAAGCUUUCUUGUGGGUAUGGAUUCUUAAAUGACAUGUUUAUGCUCAUAGUUGCAUGCUUGAAAGGGAGGAAGGAGGCCACAGGGUUAUGAUUCAUAUUUUUCUACUACUAGCAAAUUAAGUUGAAACCAAUUAUUGUAAGUAACCAAUUGUUAUACAAUUUUUUUGUUUAUAUAAAGUUUUAAAAAGAUAUUAUGGUGUUUAUUUGUUAAAAAAAGAAUUCAUUUCAGGUAAUGAAUUAUGUGGCAUAGUACUUAAAGUAUUUCAAUAAGACUACUGUAAAGAUUUGUAUUCAAUUUUUAUCAAAACUCAUGUAAUAACAAAUGAACUUGCAUUUUUAAGAUUAAUUAAAGCAGUAUACACAUAACCAUAGAACCUGAGGUUUUAUGUUUUAUUUUUAAGAAAUGAAGAUAUGAUUUGGUAGAAAUUGAAAAUAUGCUUAUAAGAUCUUUGACAUAUAUUAGUUUGAGUCAGUUAAAUUUAAUUGUAUAAAAUGUGUUGAAAAUCUAUUUUCAUUCUAGGACAUCUACAAAUUCAUCUGUCAAAAUUAUACAUUUUUUAAAGUCAAAUCAACAUAAAAUAUGAUUUCAAUUUUAUACUACAGUGAUAUAAACACUUAAUUUUCUGUAAAUUUUUAUUUUCUUAAUCUUAGGAAUAGAAAAUAGAUUUCUACAUGCGUUGAAAAUAACUGUAAAAAAGUUCAAUUUUAUAUACAACAGGCAUAACAGGGGAAAAUAAGAUAAUCAGGUUCAAUGUAAUAUGAAACCCUAGUUAGUCUUGUUUAUAUUUCCGCCUUCAAGAAAAUAUAAAGAAGGGGUUUUGUAUGGUCUAUAGGGGAAGAAAAACAAAUUAUUUUCAAGAAAUUGGUCGCAUGAAUUUAGCACGGAAAACAUAAAUUUGACCUUUAAUUUGCAAAUCAAAAUGGUUCUAUCACAUGCCAUCCAUAACCUCUAAAAAAAAUUGUCUUUAUGAAUAUCAAAUGAACAAAUACAAAAUCAUGUGUUUUACUACAUGUAAAUGAGGCUGUAAAAAGUGUAUUGUGUGUUAUAAUAUUAUUUUUGAUGUAUUAAAUAAUAUAUAGAUAUAUAUACAAUUUCAUUGUUUGUAAAUUGAUGUUGAAUUGAUACUUUUAAAGCAUUUAUACAACUCUUGAUUUUUAUUAAAAUUUGUUUUUACUUAUUUAUUUUUUUAAUAUGAAGAUUUUGUCAUGCCACUAAUGCUUAUGUAUCUAGCUGUAUUAGAAGAAAUAUUUAAUGUUUGCCUUUUUGAUUUGAUUGAAGCAUUACAUCCACAUGUACACUGCAAGUGAAACGAAUAUAUGAGAAAAUGAAGUGAAAUUGACUAGUUUAACUGCUUUUUUUUUCAAUAAAUAAAUAAAUUUAAAAAAGACAGCAUCUGUCAGCAUAAAUUCAAGAUUUUUUUUACACUUGUUAAUUAUUGGCAAAUGAAGAUUUUUCUUCUGUUAAUAUUAAAUACUGCUACGAUUGAUUUGAGGAAACAUUUUAAACUGAAUUAGCAAGAAAAUCACUUAUUUACAUGUAGAAGUAUUUAUUUUAGAUUGUCUUUUGAUUUUGAAAGGACACUGAUAUCUAUUGUUAACUUACAAAUAUAUACUUAACUGCAUCACAAAAACAGUAAUAGUACAUAUACUGCCCCUAUGACUUACAGUUAUAACUUUUUUUGAGGAGUAAAUUACUGCUGGAUUUCAGUUAAAAUUCAAAAAUAUGAAUUUUACAUUCAAAAAUAUGAAUUUUACAUUAAAAAAUAUGAAUUUUACAUGAAUGGUACUUAUAGAACAAAUAUAUCAUAAUAUUUUAGUAAAAGUAGGUUGAAUUCUAGUGACGUUAUAUUUUUGUACAUUAAGAUAAAUGUUGGGUAGUAUUUGACUUUUUCAGUGUUUCUGUACUUAGUAUUUGAUUGUCUUGAAUCUGUUAAAGAAUAAAUAAUUGAUAAAGGGAGAUAAUAAAUUUAAAGUGAAAAAAAUAAUUAAUGUUUGAGGGACUGAAGAAUAUUUUUAUACAUUGUGGUCCUGCUUUUAAAUAUUAUCAAACAAAAUAAGUGUUUUCAUCUACACUACUUUUAAACUGUCAAAGAUGGUCAAAUCUAUGAUGCAAGUUUUCAAAUGCAACAUGAAUAGAGCACAUGGUAUGUUCAUAUAUUUAUAUAUUUGUAAAUAGAAAAAUAUCCAUGACAUUUAAAACCCACAUUUUCUAUUGUGCUUAAGAUAUGUGCCAUAUGAUAUAAUUGUUUGUUGGAAGAUCACAGUUUGCAUAUUUAAUAUCAACCUUCACAGUAUAAUAUUUUUAUCAUCUUAUGCAUUUUUUGUGUACAUUAACAUCACAAAAUAUCACCAGUGGUUGUAUAAAUUGAAAUGGUUGUUUUAACACAUAUUUAUUUAUAUUUUGAUAAAGCUGCAAGAAAAGGCAGCAGUGACCAGUAUUUUUACAAGUAAAUCCAAUAUGUUAUGAGUAAUGUACAAGACACAUUUACUUUCAUUCUUUUUUCUUAACAAUGUAUAAGUUUGUGAUACAUGUAUGGAGAUCUUUACUUUUCCUAUUACAAGGAGAGGGCAAUCUUUCCAGACCGGACAUCCUGAUAUGUUAGAGGUGCUUUUGUUGGAAAUGGAAACAAUAAGUUUUAAAAGAGUCUCUUCAACUCUGUUUUUUAAAGAGCAAUAUUUUAGGGGCUUUCUCUAUGUCGAAAGUAAAUUUUAUACCCACAUAAAGUUCUCUGUAAUAAAUUAGAAGUGAUUUGAUAUGGGUAUAUAACUAAAGAAAUUAUAAAGAAAAUCUUAAGAAUCUCAAGGAAAAUGUCUUACUUCAAUUAUUGUUUGAUGAUUAUUGACCUAGAUACUAAAUAUUAAGUAGGUCACCAUGAAUCUGUUGAUAUGGUUCAUUAAUUUUGAUAUAAAUUUUUCAUUUGUCUGUAUAGUUUUCAAGUAAUAUGAUGAUUAUGUUUUGACUAUAAACCAAAUAAAUGGAAACAGUGAAAUAAAAAAUAAUUUCAAUCUGACAUAAUUUGAGCCUAAGAGAAGACAACCCUGCAAUACAAAAUGACCAGUCUCUUAUAUAAUACAUUGUUCAUAUAUUGAAGGUAAUUUCCUUUAUAAACAAAUAUUACAACUCAUUGUAUUUCAAAAUAGUUCAUUAUUCGAUUCAUAAAAAUGAUAUUUCAAGAUAUUGACUAUGAAUACACCCCUUCUUUCAGAUAAAAAAAAAGUUUACAAACUGGACAACAUAUUAAAUGGAAUUUUAUUGUUACAUUUAUUAAAAUUAAAUGCUACAUUUUGUCUUUAAAAUCUUUCAGACAUUUUUUCUGAUAGAACUUUUAUGGGAUGUUAAAACUUAAGAUUGAAAAGGCAUAGAACUUUUAUGGGAUGACAAAACUGAAGAUUGAAAAGGAAUAUCCAGUAAAAUUACUUUAUUUUUAUCAAGCUUUUUAUCACUUUUGCUUUUAUGUAUAUGAAUUGUCAACAAUCAUUAAUUUGUACAAAAUGCAAUCCAAUUCAUAUAUAGCUUUUCUACAAUGUUUUUCUCCUGUUUGUAUAUACUCUUAGAGAAUUUCUCCUUUCAUACUAACUUUUUACUGCUUGAAUGCUUUUUGUUACGUUAUAUCAUGUUUUUUUGUAAAUAUUUUUGUUACAUUUCCAUGGGUAUAAUAAAACCAUAUUUUUGUCAUAGAACAAUAUAAGCAUUUAAUAUUGUAGUGAACCAAUGUUUGCUUGUUGUGGAUUAUUUUUUUGUUAUAUUUGUCCCUUUCUUAAGAUUCUAUUUCUGAUGUGAUAUAUGUUAAAUGUAAGUAAAUGUGUAAAAAUUUAUUAAAGCUAUAUAUUAACCAAAUUUAGAACAUAGAAUAUCAUUAAUUAGACCAUAGUUUUAGACAAAUAAAAUGUUUUACGUAUGGAAA